ACGGCCAGCUCGAUGAGCCCUUCCCAAAUCUCGUGCCUGGGGGGUCACUGCGCGGUGCAUCCCGGCAAGCGCGGAUCUCCCCACCACUGCCCGCAGCAUGGAGAGCGUGCGUGAGCUCCAGAACCCGCUCCUGGCCAAGUCCAAUGGCCACCUUGGCAGCAGCUACCCUUACCACCAGCACCACAGCCAGGACUACCCCAGCCACCGCUGCCAGGGGAAACUGUAUUCCUACAUAUUCCAGAACACCGGUGGUGCCAGGACUCACCAGCUGCUGGAUGCCAGUUCCCUGCAGCUGGCUGUUGAAGCGUUGUACGGCCCCAGUUUCAUCCUUGUGAAGGAUGAGACUGCUCUCAAGGCCAAGGACAGCAAGAUGGAAAGCUGCGAGACCACUUUCACAGAAAGCAAAGAGUCUCCUUCUGAAGCUCCUGAAGGGCAUGAGGCACAGGGGUCCUGCUUGGUAGAGAGUGACAUCCGCAUCCAAACUGUUUCCUAUGAGGUGGAGGAAGAGGAGCUCCAGGAGUAUGAGAGCGACUCCUCCAGCGACAGCGAAAGCGAGGAUCAUUUCCUGAUGCUUCCCCCCCGGGACCACUUGGGCUUGGCUCUUUUCUCCAUGCUGUGUUGCUUCUGGCCCCUGGGGAUUGCUGCCUUCUACUUCUCCCAAGGGACCAGCAAGGCUGUCUCCAAAGGAGAUUUCCAUCUGGCCAGCUCAGCUUCCCGCCGAGCUCUGUUCCUCGCGGCGCUCUCCAUAACCAUUGGCACAGGAGUGUACAUCGGGGUGGUGGUGGCACUGAUCGCUUAUCUCUCCAAAGGGGGCCACGUGUAGCUGCCACCUGCAUGUCACUGCCAUCCCUGGCCACCGAUCUUUCUGGGACUGAGCUUUCCUGUGGAGCACAGAGCCCCGUGCCUGCGAGGGCUGCUUGCACAGCAUGGAUGUCCUGUGCAGGUUUCUUCCUCUUCCAGACAAACAGUAGACCCCUGUUCUCCCUGAGGCUGCAGCGUGUGACCAUCUAACAACAGGGGAUUGAGCACCAGCCUGGCUGCUGGGACAAGGAGGACACGUUUGCCUGGUGGAAGAUGUGCAGGACAGAAACCACACGCUGCUGCUGGGCUGGUGCCACCACCCCGAUCUGGGGCUACAGCUUCCCUUCUCAGCCCUGCUGCUGGGAGAUCCAUCGCUUCCCCAGGCUUGGCUCAUGAAGGUACACGCAGGGAAAAGAGGGGGUAUGGUGCCAGGGAAUGACUGCUGCUUCUUCUGGGAGGCCAGAGUCCUGGUGGGCUCUCCAGACUCCUGUGAUGGGGACGACAUUCUCACUUCAGUGCCGUGGCCUGACCCCUCAGCUGCAGUGAAGUAGAAGGACAGAGCAUGGACAAGACCAAGAGGCAUGCCCUCUGCAUCCCUCUGCAGACAGACCCCUGAUCCACAGGAGGACAUCCCAGUUUCUGGUCUAUCCCAAAUCAGAAACAAGGAGGAAGGCAGGCUGGUGGUUGCACACCAUCUCUCCCAUUGUUAGCACAAGCUGGUAAAGACAGCAAGGUUUUCUCUGUGUUGAUAGUGACUGUCAUGGUGAUCCUAAGUCAGAGCCUCUAUAAGGUUGCUGUCCCAGAGUGCUGGGCCCCCAAAAAUAUUUGUAAUGGAACUCUCUACCUAAGAAGUGUCCUGGGAGGGGUGCUGGCCUGAAGGAUUCCAUUCCUUAUACCAGGUCAGGGCCCUGCCCACAAAGAGGGAUGGAAAGUAAAGGCUGAUGAAACCUGCAGAAUCUGGGGUGGCAGUGCUGUGUGUGAGGGGAUGAGAUGCAGAGAAGGAAGAGGUGUGCAAAGAGCCUGAGACACAGGGCUCAACACACUCCUUCCCAUGCCUUGGAGAGAGGUAUCUCCAUCCAUCCAAAAGCCUCUGGUAACAAGGAAAUACCAAGCAUCCCCCCCAUACAUCUUACUUUUGCUCAUUUGUAUAUUGUCAGCAACACAUUAAGUGCUUCAGAGGUGGCUAUGAAGGCAAUGGUUGCCCCAAAGGGCUUUAAGAAGCCAUGCCUCACCCUCCACUCUCCAGCAUCCUCCUUUGACCACCUCUCCUCUCUCUGGCUUCUCUGUUUCCUCUUUUCUCCAUGUGCAGGAAACUGCAGGCAGACUCUGGGCAUCCCUCACCCCCUUCCCAGAGUUUCUGGGCAGGCUGCAGUCAGCUUUGCAAGAGAUGCAGCAUGUUCCUCCAGCUGGGUGCCGUUCAAAUGUACAUUUCAUCCUAAAGAAGCAUGUUAAUGUCUGCGACUGCCAUUGUACUUGAGCCAUGAAAGAGAGAAGUGCAUCAGAGACCUGUACAGAAGCUGGUCUGAAAGUUCCCAUAAUGUUUUUUAACAUGGAAGAACUAAUAAAA